AUGGAAGUCAUCUGCAGAGCACUCAAGUGUGAAGCGGAACCGGUGGCUUUUGAAGAUGUGAGCCUGGGUUUUGACCUGGAGGAGUGGGAACUGCUGGACCCUGAGCAGAAGUCCCUGUACAGACAGGUGGUGCUGGAGAACUACAGGAACCUGGCCUCCGUGGAAUAUCAGCUUUCCAAGCCAGAGGUGGUGUCUCGGUUAGAGGAGGAGGAAGAGCUCUGGUCGGUGGAGAGAGGAAUUCCUCAAGACACCUUUUCAGUCCUAACCUGAGGAUAUUUUCCCCCCA